AUGAGGCCUGAGAACCAGAGCAGCGUGUAUGAAUUCCUACUCCUGGGACUUCCCAUCCUGCUGGAGCAGCAGGGUGUGUUCUUUACCCUGUUCCUGGGCAUGUACCUGACCACAGUGCUGGGGAACCUGCUCAUCAUCCUGAUCAUCAGGCUGGACACUCGCCUCCACACCCCCAUGUACUUCUUUCUCAGUCACUUGGCCUUCUCUGACAUUUCGCUUUCAACUAUCACAGUUCCAAAGAUGCUCAUGAACAUGCAGACUCAGCAACAAUCCAUCUCCUAUGCAGGGUGCAUUUGUCAGUUGUAUUUUUUUAUAGUUUUUGGUUGCCUUGACAAUUUCCUUCUUGGAGUGAUGGCAUAUGACAGGUAUGUGGCCAUCUGUCACCCACUCCACUACACUACCAUCAUGAGGCAGGAGUUGUGUAUCUCAUUAGUAGCUGGGUCCUGGUUCUUCAGUUGUGCACAUGCCCUAUUGCACACCUUCCUCUUGGUCCAACUGUCCUUCUGUGGUGACAAUACCAUUCCCCACUUCUUCUGUGACUUCAAUGCACUCCUGAAAAUGAGCUGCUCUGACGUCUCCAUCAAUGAGCUGGUCAUCUUCAUAGAAGGAGGAAUGCUUGUUAUCUUCCCUUUGAUUAGUAUCUUGGGUUCAUAUAUCAGUAUAGGGACCACCGUCCUGAGGAUCCCCUCCACCAAGAGACUCUUUAAAGUCAUUUCUACCUGUGGUUCCCAUCUGUUUGUGGUGUCUUUAUACUAUGGGACACUUGUAGGUGUUAACUUUUUCUCCUCAUCAUGGGGCUCCAAUGACAAAGAAAUAAUUGCCUCGAUCAUGUACGCGGUAUUUACUCCUAUGCUGAACCCCUUCAUCUACAGCCUGAGGAACAGAGAUAUAAAACAGGCCCUAGAAAUAUUUGUCAAUAGGGCUAACUUCUUUAAGCGACAAUCACUAAAUCCUUUUAUUGCAGUCAUGAUCAGGGUAACAUGGGUCUCCUAA